AUUUUAGUAUGCGCGAGCAAUGUUUAGGUUUUUGCAGCUUCUCAGUUGCUGUUAGCUUCGUCAGCUAACGUUAGCCUUAAAGUUAUCUGUACACGGCUAGGCCAUGAGACAAUUCUUGGGCCGCAUGAUUAUGAUGUAGACAACUUAUAAACAAGUGAGCAUGGCCAUGGACCGAAAGACGAGGAGGCUGGAGAGUCAGCUGUGUAAAGCGGUGAACGAUGGAGACCCCAGAUCUGUGCAGCUGCUUCUUUCUGAAGGUGCAAAGCCUGACGUGGUGGGUAGUAAAGGGGUGGCUGCAUUACAUUUGGCGGUUGGCAAAGAAACUGAGAAGAACACACGCUGCUUGAAAAUGUUGCUGCAACAUGGAGCAGACCCCAAUAUCAGGUCAUCAGAGGGCCUGACUCCUCUUCAUGUUGCUGCACUGUGGGGAUGUUAUCAAAAUCUCAAGCUGCUUUUAAUAAAUGGAGGGGAUCCAAACAUUAAGGAUAAUGAUGGAAACACACCAGGGCAGCUUGCAGAGCAACAAGAAAAUCAAAAAUGUGCUCAUCUUCUUCGCGAGUACCAGGGCAGCUCAGUGGACACAGAGGAGGACGAGGAUUUGCCUCAGUUCCAAUACUCUUUAUAUUCAGACCAGACAGACAUGUCCAGCUAUCCUGAAUCAGACUACAGCUUCAGUUCCCACUCGUCGAUGAUAAGUGAUUUUGGUGAAGCCCCAUUGAGCAGCACAAGGCGCUCAUCAUUUUUCAACCUGUCUAACAUUAAUGGGAGACCAGGUUGCAGAGGAAUAUCAUAUAACAGACUUUCUGGUUCCAUAUUAUCAAGCACUCGGAUGUCUGCAGUAGGACCUGCAGUUGGAAUGUCGAUUCUUAAAGAGGAUGAUUUAUGUACCAACGAUGGCUUGUUUACGUCAAAAGCAAAUGGACUUGCUGCAACAACUGAUGGCGUAAUCUCUCCUUCCAGAAGAGAAACUCUUCCAGCAUUUGCCUCCAGGCGAGCAGUUCGGAAGAGUGUGAGCUUCAGAGACGUAGAUGAAUAUUUCCCAGUUUUCAGUCCUGAAUCUCCUGAACAGCGUCCUGCUGCUGAUGGCGGCCAGUGCAGCAACACCUUACCUUUUGACAUGUCUGAAUACUCAGAAUUCCUGGAUUCAGACCGCAUGGCCACGGUUUUACAAAAGCAGGGCAUUGAUGUCACAUCACCGGAUCACGUUUAUGUCUUCUGCAGGGAAAGCAGUGAGAGCACAGACGAGGACUUGGAGAAAACAGUCAUAAGUCACUGUGCUUUAGAGGAGAGUGAUGAUGAACAGGAGGGAGAAAAUGUAGAAGAGGCUCAAGUGAAUACACCUCAACGGCGAGUGCAUUCUCGUGUUGGCAGCAGUAGCAGUGGGACAAGUAGCAGUCAUUAUAGUAGCUGUGAAAGCGACCAUUACACUAGUGCUCUGGAUGCUUCCACACACCCCAGACAUCUUUUACCCCCUGUGGGAGAAGAAGUUUCUGCCGGGACUGAAUCUGAUAAAAGGGCUCAGAUUUCUACAGGUGCUGAUUCUCAUUUCACUGGGCAAGAAGUGAAUCUUUCACCUGUUCAAGCAGAACCCAAGCUGGACUCAAAACAUGGACUAACAGAGCCGUUAGCGGGUAUGCUUGAUAAACUGACCUUGUCUGAAGUAGAGCACCCACAAAAUGAUGUAUUAGAAGCUUUUAGUGGUGCUGUGGACAUUUCAGGUAAAGGAGGUGUGGACACCGCAGUGACAGACGCCAGAUCUGACACAACUGAAGCAUUAGAACAAAACUUUUCAUUCACCCCGAGUCCGUUUGUGACAGGCAGGACACAGUCGAGGUUGAGUCGCUGCUCAAUGAGAACAAGCAGAACCCCUGAAAGCCUCUUCAUCACAUCUUCAUUGUUUGAAGAGACCCUGCCCACACCGGUUCGAUCCCGCCGCCAAACACCCAGGUCUCAGAGCAGUGAAGACUUUUACAACUCACCACAUGCACCUCACGGUACUCCAUCGUGUUUAGGGAGUAGCACAGGAGGAGACUCCCAGCCUGCUGAUUGCCAGGAUACACAGUCCAGCACUCUUAGAGCCAGCUCAAGUGUUAGCAAUAGCCAGGCUGAUACACUCAUCCUCCCUAAGAGCGUAACGGACUCUACUGUUGAAUCAGAGACUCUGUGUGACACAAUUUUAAUAGAGAAAAACCAGGAUGAGACAGUUGAUGCUUAUGAGAGAAACCUUGCAGAGAUAAUUCGUGCUAUGCGAGGACAGGACAGGGAUCUUGCUGAAGGUGGUGAAUUUCUGACUGAUGAUCUGACAAGUGCAGAUGAGACAAAUAAAAAUGUGAAUGAUGCCCCUGAUAAGAUAGACAGCCUAAAAAAUGAUGAUGCCUGGGUCACUGAGGACUACAGCUCUCAGCCAGACUGUGCGUCAUCUUCAUCCAGCUCCAGCUAUUUUUCCCCGCGGAGGUCCAGGGAAGACUCUGACCCUCCCGGCACCCCCGGCACCGGCUGCACCCCGAGGUACAGCAUGAGCAGGCUGUCAAGCUGCCGCAGGCCACAGCUGGCUAACCUGUCUUACACCCCGGGAGGGCGUCCACUCAUUCAGGACCUGGACGAACCGGUGGAGUAUCUCUACACCGACACAGAGCGGGGCCACAAACUGAUUGAGACCCAUGUCCCACCUACAACAGACACCUCACUCAGCUCCAGCAUGAGCACUACAAGCAGUGAGGAGACCGUCCUCUAUGACUGGCGUUCCUUGCAGACUGACAUGAAGGGAGCCAAAGGAAAAGAGAACCAGAAACCCCAGAUUGUGGUAGAGAAAGAGGAAAGUGAUGACUGCGAGGACAGAUUGUUGCCAGACACCAGUGGGAUGACUGACAGGGAGCUGAGACUGAGGCUAGUGGAGCUGGGAGAGAGCCCAGGUCCGAUCAGCAGCCGCACCAGGCCCACCUACAUGCGAAGGCUGCGCCGCCUGUUACUGGAAUCAAACUCCAAAUCACAGCAUCUUCAGAAGCAGAUAGGCGAGCCACAAGCAGAUUUAAAUUAUAGUCCAGAGUUGUGCCGGGUCCUGCAGAUUUUCGAGCUGCCUGCCUGCCAGGCCGACGAGCAGGCUUUGUGCCAGCAGUUUGACCAACCGGAUCAAAACAGGAAGUGGAGGGAAGGCAUCAUCAAAUCCAGCUUCAACUACCUGCUGCUGGACCCAAGGGUGACCAAAAACCUCCCGUUCCGCUGUCACACCCUGCCUCCACAGGAGUGUUUCCAGACUUUUAUCCGUGCUAUAUUUUAUGUGGGCAAAGGAAAACGUUCCCGCCCCUACAGUCACCUGUAUGAGGCUUUAGAGUACUAUAAAGGGGAAAAAACAUGCAAGAGACUGUGCCCCAAAGUGCAGCACAUCCUUCAGGUGUGGAAGGCAGGACAGGGCGUCAUCUCUCUGCAUUGUUUCCAGAAUGUCAUUCCAGUGGAAGCUUACACAAGAGAGGCCUGCAUGGUGGAGGCCAUGGGGUUGAAGAUGCUCACCAAUCAGAAGCGAGGGGAUUUCUAUGGCCUCGUGUCCAACUGGCAGGUGAAGAAGAAGCGGGAGCUUGGCAUCCACCUGCUAUACAGGGCCAUGCAGAUCUUCCUGGCUGAGGGUGAGAGACAGCUCAGACCAGCAGACAUAAGACAGUAGAGAAACCCACUGGAGGGGUUUAUGAACAGUAGCAACACACCAACGCACAGAGGGGAAAAUGCCACUACUUCACAAAGCAAGCCUUUGUUGGUCAAACGCUGGGGUGUUGUUUAUAACGUCAAGAGCUCUUGGGCUGGUAUCUUGCAUUUAAUUAUCUUUCUGCUACAAAUGAACUCUGAUCUCUCCGUUUCCAACAAUUUGUGAUCUGUCAAAUGUGAUAUUAGGGCUGGAAAACACAGACACAAAAUCAUUAUACAGCGUCUGAAUGUUUCACUCAUUUCUACCGUGCAAUUUAGAGAAAAUCAAGGAUUUGGACACCAAGUAACAAUUAUAACAUAUUCAGUAGAGGAACACUUUGCUUUUGACGAAGUUUUCUAUCGUUUUGGCUCGAUUUACAGCAAAGUCUAUACUCUGAUCUUCUCCUGUAUUACUUGAUCAAGCUGUGUAUCUGUGAGAGAAGCAUUUUUUAAAAUCCAAUUCUCUGAUUCACAAAAAGUAAUCGGUGAAUUGAGGUAUCACCAGAGCAUUACAGGCGGAGUGACUGCACCUCUUAAAGAAUGUAUUCAUGGAACAAAUUAACACGAGUAAAACUGGAUCAGUCAUAAUGUCCAUGCAUUGAUUUUAAUAUAGAAUCACGCAGCCCAGGGUUUCCCUUUGAAAAGGUGUGUUUUGAAUUCGUUUCUUUUUGUAUGCGCGCUUCAUGCAGAUUGGAGCUUAACUUUCUCUGUGCAGUUCCUUUAAUCUUCCCACGUAUGACUGAAAAUAAUGCAAAUAAGUGCAUUUCAGCUGAAUCAAGUUUCUGGUGUCUCAGCACACAUACUCCAUCCAUAAUGUCUGAAAGCAUAUUUUUCAAAGACGCUAGGAGAAUGAUACAAAUGAAGGAAGCCUGGCAGUCACUCAGGUUAUUUUUGUAGUGUAAAAACACAUGAUAAUUUUUUUUAGAGUUUGGUAACUAGCACGAUAGGUGUCAUUGAAUCCAGUGUUUGUCAAAAUGUGGUAUAAUUUGUCUACAUGGCUGGUUUUCCAUUCUAUUAGCCAUUCUGUUUUUGUAAAAAAAAAAAAGAAAAAAAACACGACAUUGUACUGACAAUAUAAUUAGAGGGUGAAGCAAGUUGAUGUUUUAGUUUUUAAAAGGUGAAUUAGCGCUUAAGAUGUUAAAGUCAGGCCACUGUCUGACUCAUUAGUAGAAAGUAGUUGUAGUUUGUGCUCUUUGCACCAUUUUAUGUUCUAGUAUGCAGAAUAUAUAGACUGGACGCCUUAUCUCUGAUUAUUUGGAGUCUUCGUAGUUUUAUAAGCUUUUGAAACAAAUGAGAAAUGGAGACACAUUAGUCACAGUAACCACAAACUGAAGUCGCACUGUCUCACAAUCUCGUCUACACAACAAUGACCAGGGCGCUUAGUUUCAGAAGCGUUCAUCAUCUUCUCAGGGCGUUACAGGUGAUGACUCGUCUGGAAGCUGCACAUUUUUAUUAUACGACAAUAAGGCAUUAUUACUAACAGCUGCAAAAUGUAGUUUUUUUUACCCCCCGAUCCUCAGGUUUACAAUCAAGAUAUUAUGUCCUAUAGGGAAGUAAAACACUGUUAAGCAUUAACUUUCAUAUGAGGUGAAAGAAAAAAAAAAAUCUCAACAGAAAACAGUGCACACACAAGGCGUUGACACAGUUUUUCCAGUUUUUUCUCAUUGGUAAAGAUUUACAAAUAAAGCCCCUUGACUGUAAUCUGUGCUUUUUGACUGCUUUUUAAUCUGUCAUGUGCAACAAUACACUUAUAACUUUUCAAAA